GUUCUAGCCUUUGGCUGGAUAAACAAGGGGCAUCCGCAAUACAACGGACAACAGCUGGUAUAGAGGCUGGUGGAUUUCCAUAGUUCAAUCGUCUUGAAAGACCAUUGAUGAAGAGCCCGGUCAAUAUUGCAAGGCCUAGAAGUGAAGCUCAGCGUCAAAUGUUUGUGUCUUGCACGCCCAUCUCCUCCGGCUUUGCGCGCGUCUCCUGGAUUCUUUCUUCCUUGUGCAUCACUCCAAACUUGAUUGAUUUUCUUGCCUUUCCGCAGCCAUCGUCAUCGUCAUGAACAACAGCAGCAACACCAACAACCAACAGCAGCAGGCUCACAAUGGUGAAGGCCCUCGCCCAAGCCUUGCCGAGCGCCAGUGGUGCACAUGGCACCACAGGUGGGUCCGUCACACCUUUGAGCAGUGUGAGUGGGGUGUGCAGCAGCGCGCCCUGGGUCAUCUUCCUGGCCAAGUCCUCCCUCCUCGCCCUAAUCGCAAUAGGGCUUCUAACCGCGCUGUACAACAGCCUCGCCGUAACAGGCGUGCCGACCACAGAGAUCCGGGCUUGGCCGAAGUCAUGGAUACGGUGAGAGAUCUCGCGGGCUCUCGUGCUAACAGCCGCAUCGCAAGGCGGCUCACUUUUAACGAGCAAAUUGCCAUCCAAAGCGCAGGCAUAACAGCAGUCGCUGGCAUAGCGACUAGUAUCGUGAGUGGUGGUGCCAAUCGCCACAACGUAUCGCAGGAUGUUCUGCUACGCCGUUUCCGUGACACGGUGAGGUCCAUCGUGGACCGACACGCCUCGCCUCGUCAGGCACCCAAUGGUCGCAGUGGCUCCACCACCUAGUCGGGCUUCUCC